AUGGAGUGUGGUGGUGUUUGCCGUCGCCAUGGUAACGUGACGCCGCCGCAGCCCUUUAUUUACUGCACGCCCACCAUCCAGGUGACAGAGCCUCGAGUCGUCCCCACCGAAGUGGUUCCCGUAGACGCCAGUGCUCGCUGUCAGGCAGACGCUUACAAGACAUCAUCCUCCACUUCGCCCACGGAUGUGUCGGCCUUCCAGCUGCCACCAGUACCACAGACGGGCAAGGCAAGGACCCCGUCAAUGGAGGUUCGCCUGCCGCCGUUGGUGGUACCGCCCUCGGUGCCGCCCACCACCCUGGACGGGGCAGUGGAGCUGGUGAAGCAGAACAACAUGCUGCUGUACCUCACGCCGCGACACCCACCCUCACGCCUCGAGUAUGAUCCCUACAGCUUCAACGUGUUGAGUCGGCGGCCGCGGGGCUCCAACCACUACGCCAUCCUGAGCAGCGAGGGCGUGACUCAGGUGUGGGCAGGGCAGGUCACCUUCACCUCUAUGGACGAUUUCCGGCGAGAGGUGGAGCUGUACAUGCGCCUCACUAAGAUUCGAUUCUUCCGCAACUUCCGCAUUGCAAAAACAUGGCAGGUGUGGCGGCGCAGCGUGAGGUGCCGCAAGGUGAGGGAGGCUAAGAUACGUCUCACCGCUUACCUCAUCACCCUGCAGCCGCCCUUCUACCCUACCCUGGUCAACGUCGCCGCGCUCUGCCACCGCCUGUCCCACAUGGGCCUCAUCCAGGUGCGGAGCGAGGAGCCUGCCGUGGUGGAGGAGUGGGUGGCGCGACAGCAAGAGACAUUGGAAGCUGUGAGGAGUCGCCUGGCAGCCUUCAGGUCCCUCCUCCUUCAGGUGGUGGCGGCCAUGACUCACGCUGACGAGAACACUGCCGAGGCUGAGGGCUCCGAACUGAUCAGCGGCGAGAAGCGACCAAACACCCCGAGAAGCACCACGGGCUCCUCCCUCACCCGCCGCCACUCCCACACCUCCGUGGUCAAGAUGGUGCGCGUGGUGGAUCUGAUGGUGGCGUCUGCACUCCGAACGAUGCUUCACAACACCAUCACCGCACUGCACGACGCCCUCACCAUCAAGGCGCCACAACCCCCGGCGGCAGCACACGGCCACGAAGAGGAGGUGACGGAGGAGGUGUGCGCCAUGUUCAAAGUGGAGGUGAGCGCGGAGGGCACCACUGUGGUUCUUACGCCCACGGAGGAGGGUCUGCUGGGUGGGCUGAGGGCGGUAGUGAGGGCGUGCGAGAUCAGCGUGCUAACCCUGCAGCCCCUCCUCCCGUACUUCAGCCCACAGGAUAGGCUCAGUUCGGUCAUGCAAGAUGACAACCCUGUCCUCCGCACGAUGCUGGAGGACGACGUGCACCUGCGGGAGACGAACGAGCGGGUGGUGGCCCUGACGGAGGAAAGCUGGCGGAAGGUGAGGGCAGAAGUAGAACCCCUUCACGAGUUACUGGUGCAAGCUGAGGCAAAGACCCAAGAGGAAAGCUUUCAAGGACGAGGAAACACAGGAGCGUGUAAGAAGAGUUUUGCCGCCAAGGAGAGCGGAUACAGUGAAUCAGCUGAGCAUGGCGAGGAGAGGGACUGGCUGGGAUUGUUACUCGAUAUCCCUGGCCGUGACCCCAGCCCACCUCCAUCCACUUGUUUCUGUCAGCGCGGCCCUGAUGGUGCGGUGGUCUUUGUGUCACUUGGUCAGCCUUCAGAACUGAGCGAGCUGGGCGGGUGCCUGGCGCGCGUGGAGGACCUGGUGGAGCGGGCGCGGAGCCUGCAGGAGGUGGUGAGGCUUGGGCUGCUGCAGGUGGACCAGAGCGCCGCUAGGAAGGUACUGGUGACUUCCUUCCGGCAACAGCAACAGCGGAUGCACCAGGAUGUCAGCCAGGGUUUCGACCAGCGAGUGAGGGCGCUACUGACAGACGCUAACGACAAAUGGCUUGGGCUGGAGUUGGCACCCGUGACGGCCCAGCAGGUGGUGACGCUGCUGAACUACGUAUCGGAGGUCAAGGAUCAGAUGGAGGACCUGAACCAGGAGGAGAAAGUGAUCCGGGAGAUGUACCAGAUGAUUCAGGGAUACCACAUCACACUACAUCCUGAGGUGCACAACAAGUACGAGGCGCUGCAGAAGGAAGUGAAGCGUCUGCGUAAGUCAGUGCGCCGCAGCCUGAUGGAGCUCCCCGCCUCGGUGCGCAAAUUGAGUCACCUGCUGGAGAAGGAGAUCGAGGAGGUGGACACUGAGACUGCGAAACUGGCCGAACAAGUGCAGGUCACUGUAAUAAAUUGUUUGGAUGGAAAUCAAUAA